AUGUUUCAGCUCACUGAAGAUGUAGUGAACCGAAUGAAAGAAUCUCCUCAAAGUAAAAGGGACAACCAGAGGUCUCCCCGUUCAUCCAGUGGCACAGCUCCGUCUUCCCCCGCUGCAGAAGGGAAACCCAAAUCUCCUACAGGAAUCCAGCCGCCAACAGCAAGCGACUCUGGUCAGAAGUCUUCUGCUGCAGAGCAGGAACUGUACAGGAGGUAUGAAGAAGAACAGGCACUGGUCCAAGAGGAGCUGCUCCAGCUGGCCAAAAGAGAAAGGGAAGCAGCCAGCGAGGCCUUGAACACUGCUCUUCAGCGGGAAAGGAACAACGCUAACGAAGAGAGGCAGAGAGCGGCCCAGCUGACAAAGUCCCGCAGGUGCCAGUACCGAGGGAGAGCUGCCUGCAGGCUCCUCUGGGAGGAUGCCGAGGAGUGUGUGCGGCACAAGGCAGGGCUGAAGGCCGUGCCUGAAUCCAAUCCUCUCAGUGCUUACGGCGAAUUUUCCCCGCUGACAGUAGUAGGUGGCAGGCUGACACCUGGA